AUGAUCAACUUUAUGAAAGGGCAACCUUCAUCUGAUUUGUUACCUACUGAACUAUUUGCAAAGGCAACAAGUCUGGCCUUAGCUGAUCCAAAUGCCAAAACCGAUAUGCUACAGUAUGGCAAUGAACUAGGUACAUCUGCCUUCCGAGAAAACCUUGCUUCAUUUUUAUCCAAGGAAUACGCUUUACCUGUGGAUCCACGACAUUUAUGUCCCACUGCUGGAGCAUCCCAUGGACUUGAACAUGCAUUAUCACUUUUGACUCGACCCAAUUCAACGACAAAGUAUUGUUACUUUCAAGAACCCACCUAUUUCUUGGCCUUUGAUGUUUUUCGUGAUGUUGGAUUUCAACUUGAUCAAUUUGUAGGUAUACCUGACAAGAACAAUAAUGAAGGAUUGGAUCUGGAUUAUUUCGAAGAAACCCUGGCCAAGCAUUUUCCUAUACCACCUCCACCACCUUUUACAGCACCAAUAGAAGAAAUGACAACAACAGAGGAAUGGAUUUAUGAUGCUGUUCUCUAUUGUGUUCCAACUCAUGCCAACCCAACAGGAUCUAUCUUACCAAUGAAUCAACGACAACGACUGGUGAAAUUAGCAAGGAAAUACAACGUCUUGGUGAUAUGUGAUGAUGUUUACGAUAUUUUAACCUACUCUGAUCAACAACAAAGUGACGAUGACAAAAACAACAAGAAUAAUGAUGUGGUGAUCAUCCCUCCUCCAAAACGAGUGGUGGCCUAUGAUUUGGAAUUGGAUUCCGCUCAUCCUGUCAUCAUUAGCAAUGGUUCCUUUUCAAAACUUCUAGCCCCGGGUGCUCGGAUUGGAUGGUUAGAGUGCCACGAAAGCUUAGUACAGCGUUUGGGUGCAUGGUAA